UUUUGCCUUCACCGGCUGUACCAUGCGCCCUCUAAAUGUGAACAUAAGAAGCGCCAAAGUGAAAGUAUGAACAGAAUGGCGCCAGUUUAAAAGAAACCCCUCCUGUCACCUAGCAAAUCAGGAUGAAUACAUAUUGUGAGCCAGACCAUGUUAAGUUUGUCAAGAGAAACCGGGUGCUAUUGGCUGAUAUUCUCUACGACCAUGAUUUGAUACUGGAUGUAUUCCAUGAGGAAUACGACCUACCGGACAGGGAGACCAGAAACUUGAAAGCCAAGGAGAACAAGUUGGAGGCUCUGUUGGAUCUGGUUCAGAAAAAAGGAAAGAGUGCAUGCAAAGUGUUUAUCUCUCUGCUGCGGGAGAACCUUGAGGUGAAGAAGACCUUCCCCCGGCUCAAUGAAAUUGACCUCAACUCACUGGACCCCGCAUCCCCAUCUCCACCUCUUGGUCCUCAAAUCCCAAACUCAGCCCAGAGAGCGGGACCUUCACGAGGGUUAGAAGCCAGACGUUCACAGACCAAAGGCUCGACCAGAAAGGGGCCGAUUUCUCUGCAAGGCUACCUUCAGCAGGUCUCAGAGCUCAUCCAGAAUAAGAAGUCCCAGUUCUUCAGAAUCAACAUGAGGACCAAAGACCAGACCCGGUCUGUGGUGGUCUUCAACACUGAACUGCGACAAGAAUUCAUCAACAUGGAAAAAAACAAGAGUCUUGUUGUCCUGGAGAGACUGAAAGGGGGCUGGUCGGAUAGUGUACUCUUCACAGACUCCUCCAGGUUCAAGGUUCUGGACGAUCGGCUGUUCACAGGUAACCCGCACUUCGGCGUACCAUUGGUCACCUCGGACGAGAUGCUGCCCAAUAAGGAGGACUAUGGACAAGGAAAGUCCCUGGAGGCCGUCACCAUGGAGAUCCUCGGCGUCCGUCUGACGGAAAAGUUCUCCUGCCCACGGGACCACCUGCUGGAGGACCUCCCCCCUAGCCAGUACGUGGACUGUGGGCUCUGCGAUAUGAAGUACGGCAAGGCGGCCUUAAAACGGGUUCUGAAUGGGAAGGUGUUUGUCAGGGAGUCUGAACAGUUUUUGGAGCUGACAGAUGACCAUGUCAGGAACCUGCUGAAGGAGGCAAUGGACGAGGGCUGCGACACCAUCGACAAAUUGGAGAUAGCCCUGAAAGAAGUCUGCUUUCUUAAAGUCACCUUAAGCAACAAUAUUGUCAUCUCUGUGUCCAGAGCGAGCCCUGAUGCCUCUCAGUGCAGGGCUACUCAUAUUGUUUGUUAGGGAUGGGGGAAAAUCCAUUUAUCUGGCAUUUUCUCCAACCAUUCUCAGGUUUAUUUUGUAAAAAAGAAUUGUUCAGAAUGCUGCUCCUAGAGUUCUAACAAAUACCCCAACAUUUGAACGUGUUACAACAAUUCUUAAGGCGAGACACGGCAGGCAAAAUCAUCGAUUUUUCAGUCACUGGUCAAUUUUGAUAUUUUGGGCUAUUUUGCACCACUAACAUGUAAUGUUUCACACAAAAGAAAAAAAAAAGUCAAAACAAAACAUUUAGGUGAUUGUUUUGUUAUAGUUUGUCAACUUCCGCCUCUGAAUUUUACAGAAUAUUACAAUUUUACACAUAUUACAACCGGUCUCUCGGUGUCAUAUGUGUUCCGUGGUAUCGUUGGAAAGCACUCGAUCUGCUGCACAACAUAAAACUGAUAGCUGAUUGGCUGGACUCGAUUUCCGAAAAGACGAUUGGUUCGAAUGUAUCACGUGGUAUGCUCUCAAGCUUCCUGGUUAGCUUUUGCCAUAAGAAUCUUUAAAGGCCGUUUUCUCAAAAUGAGUUUUUCCUCGCACGCCAAGCAAGGAAUCUUCACUUCUGUAGCACCUACAUGCACCAAACUUUAGAAUCUUAUUCUCAGCUACUAUAUGAAGAUUUUUACCAUGGGAUUUGAUAUAUAUACCAAAUACCUAAUCAUAAUUGUUGCCCCAUACCCCAGAAGCUCCUGUUGAUAUUUACAAUGAUCUGAUAUAGAAAUAGUCAUUAAUAAUCACAGGGCUCAGGAUUUGUAAUCAGUAUGCCCAAAUAUUGAAAUGGUUAAACCUGCACUAUGUAACUUUUCCACUAGAGCUAAUAACUAUUAAACAAGAAUCUACAAUUUCAGAACUAGAACGUUUUCAAGAAUAAUAUGCCGGUCUACAAGUGAAUCCAUACAGUGAGUUGUUCACGAUAAAGCAUUUUCAUUUGUUCUGAUAAACCUUUUGACAUUAACAGUCAUCUGAAAAUGGUGAAGCCACAACUCAAAUCACUAGAGAGCCUGCUGGUAAUAAUCAGCCUACAUAAUGCAGGGUAACACCCUUCUAUUAGAUUCCACUAUCUAAAUGGUACCCCAAAAAAAUCAAUGAAACACUUGGUUUGUAAUCAUUGGUUGUUGAAAGUGAAAGAUGAAUUUCUUCCGUGUUUACAAGUAAAAACAGGCGUUUUUAGUUAGAUUUUUUUGGUUUUCAGGUAGGCCAAUAUAAAUUAUGCACAUGGCAAGUGAAAGUCGAGCAACUUGUUUUAAAGUUGAUUCAUACUUUUUUUUUGUUGAUCUUUAACUUUAAACAUUUUUUUACUAGUCAAACAUCUAAUUAUCAUGCAAUUGUUCAUACGGCAUUAUCAUUAUCAUUAUCGGCAUUAUCCCGACCAACAAUAACAGCAUAUGACUGCACUGUAUCCAUAAAAAAAGAAUGUAUUUUCAAUCUUUGUCAGUUCCAUUACCUGUCGUCGUCAUUCAGUAAAUUCAAAUAAAAUUUUGAUAGACUAUAUGGGAAGUGACUUGAGUGUUGCUGUUUAUUCCUGUGCCCAUUAGACUCCAUCCCACCUCUCAUAUCCAGUCGACGAAGAGAACAGUCUAUCUCUUGUUUAACAGUUCUACCGAUAACUAUAACCCUAACCCUCAACCAAUCAGAACCCAUUAUGAAGGGCUCAUAGGUCCUAUGGUUCUUUUUAGCCCUGUUAAGCUCGGGCGCAACUUUGAAAACAUUUGUAUUUUUGUUUUUUAGCUAAAAAGUCGAAAGUUUUUUGUAAAUCUAACAACAUUGUGUGAUGUUACAUCAAAUCAUGAUGUCACAAGGGUGCAGCAGAUAGAGCUGUUUAUAGCGACCCCUGGAGUCCUGCCACGAUAGGUCUUCACUGGAGCUGGAUGUAGAGUUAGAAGCCGAACAAUGUCAUGUGAGUUUGUGCUCUUGGAUGGCAGCGCUCGAGAACUCGAUCAUUCGGCUUGAGCGUUGUCAUGUGGUCUGAGUGACAAACAUCAUUCAGACCAAGUUUGAGUGAGUGACAGAGUGAAGUCUGAAGAUUAAUGUAAUAUAUUACCUCUCUAUGACAUCAAAUCAUGUAAAAGCCCUACUUUGGGUGGUCUCCACGGGAACCAGACGAUUUCAUGAGCCUAACAAUGUGAAGUUAUUCAUAGAGUCAAGUAUAACUUUAAACUAUACCCAGGCCUGUGACUCCGUUGUGAUGCGGAGAGAGCACACAACUCUAGGCCCUGGAGUUCAAGUCCUGUCAGUAUGUCUCCAUUGCACUUAUUAUUUUAAAAAUUCUAAGGGAAGGGGGGGGGGACUUUAGUUUCAUCACUAUACAAUAAUGUGUCCUACUAAAAAUUAGCAAGAGGCCUUUGGUUAAUAACGACUCAGCGGGUUAACUGUCCAUGGGUAACACUGUUGUUUUUUAUUGGUCGUCAUGAAAAAAAACAUAAGGGGGAACACUGUUUUUUAUUGGUCGUCAUGAAAAUAAACAUAAGGGGUAACACUGUUGUUUUUCUUAGGUCGUCAUGAAAAAAAUCACAAUGGGUAACACUGUCGUUUAAAUCAAAUGAAACAUGAGGGGUAACACUGUCGUUUUUAUCAAAUGAAACAUAAGGGGUAACACUGUUUUAUAUCGGUCGUCAUGAAUAAAACAUAAGUAACUGUCGAUAAAUAACUGUCGAUAUUUAUCAAUUAAAACAUGAGGUAACACUGUCGUUUUUAUCAAAUGUAACAUGAGGGGUGACACUGUCAUUUUUCUUUUGUCGUCAUGAAAAAAACCAUGAGGGGUAACACUGAACACUGUUGUUUUUUAUUGGUCGUCACGAAAAAAAACAUAAGGGGUAACACUGUUAUUUAUUAGUCGUCAUGAAAAAAAACAUAAGGGGUAACACUGUUGUUUUUUAUUAGUUUAUUGUUUGUUAUUGUAACACUGUUGUUUUUUAUUGGUCGCUCAAUUUCUGUGGAAAACACAAUAUCUUUAAUUUUAAAUGUAACGCUAUCAUUUCUAUUGCACAUUGUCAUAUAUAACCUCCCACAAACAAAAAUUACAAUUCUCAGUGGGAAGUGGAGAGCGCUGUGAGCUAACCCCCUGGAGACCGGGGUUCAAGUCUGGUUGUUGUCCUCUUUUGGAACGCUCAUAUUUCUAUUUCAUGCGAAUUAUAAAGUCAAGUAUAACCAAUGUGAUGUCUCUAUUCAGUGUCUCGAUGGUGCAUUGAUAAGUUUGGAGGUUAACACUCUAAAUAGCUCAGGUUCGGAUCCCCGCAAAAACGUCGGCAGGGGUACCACUGUCUUUUUUUAUUGGUCAACAUGGAAAAAACAUGAGGGGUACCUCAGUCGUUUUUUUUCUCGGCCGUCAUGAAAUAAACAUAAGGGGUAACACUGUCGAUAUUUAUCAAAUAAAACAUAAGGGGGUAACACUGUUGUUUUUCUUUGGUCGUCAUGAAAAAAAACAUAAGGGGUAACACUGUUGUUUUUUAUAGGUCGUCAUGAAAAAAAACUUAAGGGGUAACACUGUUGUCUUUGUCAAAUAAAACAUAAGGGGUAACACUGUUGUUUUUUAUUGGUCGUCAUGAAAAAAAAACAUAAGGGGUAACACUGUUGUUUUUUAUUGUUCGUCACGAAAAAAACAUAAGGGGUAACACUGUUGUUUUUUAUUGGUCGUCAUGACCAAUAAACAUAAGGGGUAUUGGUCAUAUGUUUUGUUGUCUUUGUCAAAUAAAACAUAAGGGGUAACACUGUUGAUUUUUAUUGGUCGCCACGAAAAAAAACAUAAGGGGUAACACUGUUGUUUUUUAUUGGUCGUCAUGAAAAAAAACAUAAGGGGUAACCCUGUUGUUUUUUAUUGGUCGUCAUGAAAAAAAACAUAAGGGGUAACACUGUUGUUUUUUAUUGGUCGUCAUGAAAAUAAAUAUAAGGGGUAACACUGUUGUUUUUUAUUGGUCGUAAUGAAAAAAAACAUAAGGGGUAACACUGUUGUUUUUGUCAAAUAAAACAUAAGGGGUAACACUGUUGUUUUUUAUUGGUCGUCAUGAAAAAAAACAUAAGGGGUAAUACUGUUGUUUUUUAUUGGUCGUCAUGAAAAAAAACAUAAGGGGUAACACUGUUGUUUUUUAUUGGUCGUCAUGAAAAAAAACAUAAGGGGUAACACUGUUGUUUUUUAUUGGUCGUCAUGAAAAUAAAUAUAAGGGGUAACACUGUUGUUUUUGUCAAAUAAAACAUAAGGGGUAACACUGUUGUUUUUUAUUGGUCGUCAUGAAAAAAAACAUAAGGGGUAACACUGUUGUUUUUUAUUGGUCGUCAUGAAAAAAAACAUAAGGGGUAACACUGUUGUUUUUUAUUGGUCGUCAUGAAAAUAAAUAUAAGGGGUAACACUGUUGUUUUUUAUUGGUCGUAAUGAAAAAAAACAUAAGGGGUAACACUGUUGUUUUUGUCAAAUAAAACAUAAGGGGUAACACUGUUGUUUUUUAUUGGUCGUCAUGAAAAAAAACAUAAGGGGUAACACUGUUGUUUUUUAUUGGUCGUCAUGAAAAUAAACAUAAGGGGUAACACAGUUGUCUUUGUCAAAUAAAACAUAAGGGGUAACACUGUUGUUUUUUAUUGGUAGUCAUGAAAAAAAACAUAAAGGUUAACACUUGUUUUUUAUUGGUCGUCACGAAAAAAAACAUAAGGGGUAACACUGUUGUUUUUUAUUGGUCGUCAUGAAAAAAAACAUAUGGGGUAACACUGUUGUUUUUUAUUGGUCGUCAUGAAAAAAAA